CCCCUCCCUUCAAUGAGGCACCCCAAAUUUUUAUAACUCUUAAAAAACCACUCCAUCCAUGGCUUCUACCAAGCAGCUCUCAGCAACCCUUCUCAUCUUCUCAAUCCUUUUCUACUUAUCCACAUUCUCCAUUGCUUGCGGCACAUGCAAGCCCAGCCCCAAGCCUGGUCCAACGCCAGUGGCGCCCGCACCUAAGGCGGAAACCUGCCCUAAAGACACAUUGAAGCUAGGGGCUUGUGUGGACCUUCUAGGACUUGUCAACCUCAAAAUCGGAAUACCGCCAACGAGCGGUUGUUGCGCGUUGCUUGAAGGGUUGGCUGAUUUGGAGGCUGCCGUUUGCCUCUGCACUGUGAUUAAGGCCAAUGCUCUAGGGCUUGUCAACUUGGAAGUGCCAGUUGCUUUGAGCUUGCUUGUUAGUGCAUGCCAGAAAACAGUCCCUCCUGGCUUCAAAUGUGAAUAAGAUUUGGGGGCUAAUUACAAGCUCUUUAUAGUACUAAUUAAGUACUAAUUAAGAUUGUUAUAUGAAUAAAUUUGUUAGGAUGUGUGGAGUACAAUGUUGUUCUUGUGUGGUGGUAAUGUUGCUAUUGUUGGUUUUCUAUGCUCUUUCUUUUCCCUUGUUUUUUUCUUAGUUUUGGAACAAUUGGAUUAAUGGCCAUUUACUUAAAUAAACAGGCAAGCCUGUUUGCCUGUUUAAAUUAUGAAUUAUUCUUAUGUACUUGCUGUUGUUGAUGUAAUUUGGUGCCAUGAAUUAAUGGAUUUAGCUCAUGCUUUAAA